CCUCGGUUAUUCCACCCAGGGCAGAAAGAGCUGAGAUAUUUAUACACCAACUUCUCUCAGGCAUUGAGUGAGAGCAACCAGAGGGGCAUUCAUUCCCUGGCACUUCUGGCCUGCUUGCAUAAACACCAGUGGCAGUGGGUUCCAGCAAUGGAGAAUGCCCUAAACAAAGAAGUCCUUGAGCUGGUAAUUCAGAGGUCCGUGGGGCCAGCCAGCCUGAGCUUGCUCACCUUCAAAAUCUAUGCAGCACCAAAAAAGGACUCACCUCCCAAAAAUUCCGUGAAGGUUGAUGAGCUUUCACUCUAUUCAGUUCCCGAGGGUCAAUCGAAGUAUGUGGAGGAGGCAAGGAGCCAGCUUGAAGAAAGUAUCUCACAGCUCCGACACUAUUGCGAGCCAUACACAACUUGGUGUCAGGAAACGUACUCCCAAACUAAGCCCAAGAUGCAAAAUUUGGUUCAAUGGGGGUUAGACAGCUAUGAUUAUCUCCAAAAUGCACCUCCUGGAUUUUUUCCGAGACUUGGUGUUAUUGGUUUUGCUGGCCUUAUUGGACUCCUUUUGGCUAGAGGUUCAAAAAUAAAGAAGCUAGUGUAUCCGCCUGGUUUCAUGGGGUUAGCUGCCUCCCUCUAUUAUCCACAACAAGCCAUCGUGUUUGCCCAGGUCAGUGGGGAGAGAUUAUAUGACUGGGGUUUACGAGGAUAUAUAGUCAUAGAAGAUUUGUGGAAGGAGAACUUUCAAAAGCCGGGAAAUGUGAAGAAUUCACCUGGAACUAAGUAGAAAGCUCAUUGCUCUGCCAUCUUAAUCAGUUAUAGGUAAACAUUGGAAACUCCAUAGAGUAAAUCAGUAUUUCUACAGAAAAAUGGCAGAGAAGUCAGUAUUGAAUGUAUUAAAUUGGCUUUCUUCUUCAGGAAAAACUAGACCAGACCUCUGUUAUCUUCUGUGAUAUCAUCCUACAAGCAAACUAAUCUGGAAUCCCUUCACCUAGAGAUAAUGUACAAGCCUUAGAACUCCUCGUUCUCAUGUUGCUAUUUAUGUACCUAAUUAAAACCCAAGUUAAAAAAAAAAAUCCGA